AUGAGCGAGAGCAGCCCCUUGCCAUGUUCUGCCGCAGACGAGAGCGAGCCGCGCUCCCCGGGCUCGCAGCCGUCCCCGCUGUCCUGCGGCGCCGGGGACGAGCAGCCGAGGCAGGCUGCGGAGCCUGCCAGCGGGAGAGCCAGCCCCCGGAGCGAUGCUCAGCCCUCCCGAGCCCAGGGGGAGCAGCGGCACCAACAUCUGGAAGCGGUGACGGAGCCAGGCGAGAGGCUCGGCGAGCCGGGACGGGGCUCGGGCGCUGGCAGCGGGAGCGGCGCUGCGGACGGGGCAGUGCUGGCCAACGGGGUGGACACCGCGCUGGCCCCGGGCCGGGAGCGGCCGCAGGACGGGGACACACCCGGGCGGAGCAGCCCCGAGCCGGGGGACAGCGGCUCCCCCAGCCUGCAGACAGCGAGCGGGACCCUCAGCAAGGAGAGGUGGCACAGCGUCCUGGGCUCCUCGGAAGCUCUGAGUGCUGACGAGGCAGAGGAGCAGUUCGGGUUUGCUUCUGGAGAUGCCAAGCUGAGCUGCAGUGAUGAUGACAGGGAGCAUUUCCAAUUCAAAGACAUCAGGGAUGGCUUCAGCUCGACCUUUGAGAAGAUCAUCGAGUCUGACCUUAUGAAGGGGACGUACUACAGCAGCCUGGACUCUCUGGACGUGCUCUCCCUCACAGACGAGACAGACAGCUGUGUCAGUUUUGAGGCACCGCUCACCCCACUGAUCCAGCAAAGGGCCAAGGAGAGCCCCGAGCUCUUGGAGCAGAAACUGGCAGCCCAGCAGAGAGAAGCCCUUCACCACAUGGCUGCUGAUAAGCAAGAGCAGGCGGCAGCCAAGCCAGCGGAGGGGGAUUUUGGGAGCCCUCUCAGACACUCAAUUACCAGCAGCAGGUCAGAGAACGUGCUGAGCCGGCUGUCCUUGAAGAGUAUUCCAAAUGGGUUCCACGUGGAAGGCUCAGAGGAAGAUGCCACCAAGAUCAUUAACUCCAUCAGCGAUGCCAGCCUGAAGGACACCCUGUCAGACUCGGACUCGGACAUGGGCAGCACGGAGCAGCUGGACCAGGGCAGCACGGACACCCUGGCCAACGGCUGCAGGGCGGACAGCGAGGCUGCCAAGAGGUUGGCCAAGCGCCUCUACAACCUCGAGGGCUUCAAGCGCUGCGACGUGGCCCGACAGCUCGGGAAAAAUAAUGAAUUUAGCAAGCUGGUGGCAGAGGAGUAUCUCAGCUUCUUUGACUUCACUGGCCUGACCCUUGACAAAGCACUCAGGACGUUCUUGAAGGCGUUCCCGCUGAUGGGAGAGACGCAGGAGCGGGAGCGGGUGCUGAUCCAUUUCUCCCGGCGCUACUGCCAGUGCAACCCCGAAGAGAGCACCUCUGAAGAUGGGAUUCAUACACUCACCUGUGCCCUGAUGCUGCUGAACACAGACCUCCAUGGCCAUGUGAACAUUGGCAAAAAGAUGUCGUGCCAGCAGUUCAUAGCAAACCUGGACGGGCUGAACGAUGGGAAGGACUUUGCGAAGGAUCUGCUGAAGACACUGUAUAACUCCAUCAAGAAUGAGAAGCUGGAGUGGGCCAUUGACGAGGACGAGUUGAGAAAAUCACUCUCGGAGCUGGUAGAUGACAAAUUCGGAGCCAGUGCCAAGAAAGUGACGAGGAUUGUUGACAGCAGCAACCCCUUCCUGGACAUCCCCCAAGCGCUGAACGCAGUCACCUACAAGCACGGAGUCCUCACCCGCAAAACCCACGCGGACAUGGAUGGGAAGAGAACUCCCAGAGGAAGAAGAGGUUGGAAGAAGUUUUAUGCUGUGCUUAAAGGGACCGUCCUUUAUUUACAAAAGGAUGAAUAUAAACCUGACAAAGACCUCUCUGAAGUGGAUCUGAAAAACGCCAUCCGUGUGCACCACGCCUUAGCCACAAAAGCCUCUGACUACAGCAAGAAGUCCAACGUGCUCAAGCUGAAGACAGCUGACUGGAGAGUCUUCCUCUUCCAGGCCCCAAGUAAGGAAGAAAUGCUCUCCUGGAUCCUGCGAAUCAACCUCGUUGCUGCCAUUUUCUCUGCUCCAGCCUUCCCAGCUGCAAUCUGCUCCAUGAAGAAGUUCUGCCGCCCGCUCCUGCCCUCAUCCAUGACCAAGCUGUGCCAGGAGGAACAGCUGAGGUCUCAUGAAAAUAAAAUGAAGCAGAUUGCAGACGAAUUAGCAGAGCAUAAAUUACAUCCUGUAGAGAAGAGCCUCAAGUCAAAAGAGGCUGAGGAAUACAGACUCAAAGAACAUUACCUAAUAUUUGAGAAGAGCCGCUAUGAAACAUACAUCAACCUGCUGUGCAUGAAGAUAAAAGUGGGGACAGAUGACCUGGAGAGGAUCGAGACCAGUUUCUUCAAGGUGGAAGCUGACGAUCUCGCUUUGCGGAAGACGCAUUCCAGCCCUUCCUUGAGCCAAGGGCACAUGUCCAUCAGCUGUAAGGCAGAAAAGGACAUUUUAGAGCAGAACACUUAA